AUGUCUAAACGCGGCGCGGGUGCAUCUGGAAACAAGUUCCGUCUCACUCUCGGUCUACCCACGGGUGCCGUCCUCAACUGUGCAGACAACAGCGGCGCAAAGUCCCUCUUCGUGAUCGAAGCAUUUGGCACGGGUUCGCACCUUAACCGGCUGCCGGAUGCUGGUGUUGGCGACAUGGUCGUUGCAUCGGUGAAGAAGGGUAAGCCGGAGCUGAGGAAGAAGACCAUGCCUGUUGUUGUUGUCCGACAGCGCAAGUCAUGGCGUCGGAGAGAGGGUUUAGUCCUCUAUUUCGAGGUGCAUGCCAAUCUAUUUUCGCACAUCUCACUUGUUUACGCAAGGAUCUUCAAAAUUCAGGACAAUGCGGGUGUUAUCGUCAACCCCAAGGGUGAGAUGAAGGGAUCAGCAAUCACAGGGCCAGUAGCAAAAGAAUGCGCGGAUCUCUGGCCGCGUAUUGCAUCAAACGCGGGUACUGUUGUAUGA